UGCGCCGGCCGACGCCAUGGAGGGCGUGAGCGCGCUGCUGGCCCGCUGCCCCGCGCCCGGCCUGGCCGGCGGCCUGGGCGUCACGGCGUGCGCGGCGGCCGGCGUGCUGCUCUACCGGAUCGCGCGGAGGAUGAAGCCCACACACACCGUCGUCAACUGCUGGUUCUGCAACCUGGACACCAUAGUGCCCUAUGGCAACCGCAACUGCUGGGACUGUCCCCACUGCGAGCAGUACAACGGCUUCCAGGAGAAUGGCGACUACAACAAGCCCAUCCCGGCGCAGUACCUGGAGCACCUGAACCACGUGGUGGGUAGCGCGCCCAGCGCAUCCGCAAACUCGGCCCCACCGCAGUGGGUGAGCAGCCGAGUGCUGUUGUGUCGUCGCUGCAGCCAUCACCAGACCACCAAGAUCAAGCAGCUGGCGGCCUUCGUUCCAAGGGACGAGGGCAGCUAUGACGAGGAGGUGGAGGUGUACCGGCACUACCUGGAACAGGUGUACAAGCUGUGCCGGCCGUGCCAGGCGGCCGUGGAGCACUACCUCAAACACCAGAACCGCCAGCUCCGGGCGCUGCUGCUCAGCCACCAGUUCCAGCGCCGCGACGCCGAGCGCAGCCGCAUGCAGAGCUUCGGCUCCUUUGCAAUCAAGUCCCCAGUGCAGGUCAUCGUGCUGCGGGCUCUCGCCUUCCUGGCCUGUGCCUUCCUUCUGACCACCCUGCUGUAUGGCUCCGGGGACCCCUUCACCCCAGGGCCCGCCCUGCCACCGGCCCUGCCCCCUGGGGGUAACGGCUCCAGUGCUGCUGCAUCGGACAACAGCUCCAGUGCCGCCGAAAGCUGGCAACAGCUCUUGGGCCUCCUUCCUGAGCCAGCCGCCGAGAAGCUGCGCGUAGCCUGGACCUUCGGGCAGCGCCACCAGAUGGCCGUGGUGGCCCUGGGCCUCUUCACCUGCCUGCUGGCCAUGCUGCUGGCUGGCCGCUUGAGACUCCGCAGAAUCGAUGCCUUCGCCACCGGCCUCUGGGCCCUGCUCCUGGGUCUACAUCUGGCCGAGCAGCACCUACAGGCAGCUGCACCCAGCUGGCUGGACACAGUCAAGCUCAGCGCCACCUCCCUGUGCUGCCUGGUGGGCUUCACGGCAGCGGUGGCCACAAGGAAGGCGACGGGCAUGCGGAGGUUCCGGCCCCGAAGGUUCCUGCCUGGAGAAGCCGCCGGCCUCUUCCCCACCAGCCCUGGCCUGCCUUCCCCCUACCCGAGCAUGCUGGGCCCCUCGCCGCCACCCCUGUUCGUGCCCGCCCCGCCCAGCUUCCUGCCGCUGCCCAGCCGACCCCUGUUCCGCUCUGCCCGCCGGCCCUCACCUUCCUCCCUGCCCGGCCACCUGAGCCGGGCGCUCUCGCUUGGCACCAUCCCAUCCACCACUCGAGCAGACUCAGGCUGCCUGUUCAGUGGAAGCCGCCCACCCUCACGAGUGUCUCGUUCCCGGCAAGUUCUUCUUUCAGACUACUUCUCCCUGCUGGCCGCCAGCUGCCCCACAUCCCCACUCCCGUCCCCGGCACCCUCCGUGGCCGGCUCCGUGACCUCCAGCUCCGGUUCCCUGCGUCACCGCCGGCCCCUCAUCAGCCCUGCCCGCCUCAACCUGCAAGGCCAGAAGCUGCUGCUCUUCUCAACACCCCCCGGGGACACCCCCGACACCCCCAGCAGCUCUGACGAGCCCUCGCCCCCCGGCAGCCGCCUCUUCCCGCUCGAGGCCCCACAGUCCCCUCAGAGGCAGCCGAUGCGAGACACCAAGUUCAGCCUGGACGUGAGCUCGGUGCCUGAUGGGGGCCUGGCCUGCAGCAGCCACCCCAUCAAGAAAGAGGACAACUCCUCGCAUGCGUCCACCUGCAUGGUAGACACUACCACCCAAGGGUGCUCGGAACAGGCAACCACCUGGAGAGGUCACAUCAGCCCGACCCUGGUCCGGGCCAUUCUGGCCGUGAGUCUGGCUGCCAAUGCCCUCUUCACCUCAGCCUACCUGUACCAGAGCCUGCACUGACCCCAACGGCCCCCAAACCAUGCCCCAGCAGCCUCGGGGCCCACCUGGUGCAUACCGCUCCACCACUGCCACCAUAGGACCUCUGUGAGCUCAGAGAGGGGGAACCUGCCACCCCCUCCUCCAGGCUGCCCUUCUGGGCUGAGUCCUUUUCCUAGCCGAGGACAUUCGAGGUCACCCUGGUGCAGCUCCGUGGCUGCCUCUGGCCUUGUGUUUGGUGCUGACACUGAGGCAGAAGCUUAGAGGGCGUCCCUGCCCAGACAUUGCACGGCCCGUGGGAUCCCCCCUGCCCUUCAGCCGGCCUCAGGUACCUGGUGCCUGUCCUUGUCCCGGGUGUGCCCUCAUCCCAUCGUACUGUACUCGAGACUCAAGACUCCCAGUCACCAGCCUACUGUCAGGCGUCCCCCUCCUCUGGCCCAGCCCCCUGUCCUGUGCUCUGACC